AUGGAUUCGUCUCAAAACGACGGCGCAUACCAACCGCUUCUCCAUCCUGCGGCCGAUGGAACUGUACCACCACCACCGCCUCAACGUUCUCCGUCGACGGAAUCGAGCACCGGCGAUCUAGAGAGAGUCCUCACCGACGUAGAAACACCUUUGUUUCUCCGCCUUCGCAAAGCCACCAUGAUCGAGUCAAAGCUCCUCUUCAAACUCGCUGCACCUGCCGUCAUCGUCUACAUGAUAAACUACCUCAUGUCCAUGUCCACUCAAAUCUUCUCCGGCCAUCUCGGUAACCUCGAACUCGCCGCCGCUUCCCUCGGUAACACCGGAAUCCAAAUCUUCGCCUACGGUCUCAUGCUAGGAAUGGGAAGUGCGGUGGAGACGCUGUGUGGACAAGCUUUCGGCGGGAGAAAAUACGAGAUGCUCGGCAUCUACCUCCAGAGAUCCACGGUGUUGCUAACUCUCACCGGCGUACUCCUCACUUUAAUCUACGUCUUCUCCAAAGCGAUCUUGCUUUUCCUCGGAGAGUCGCCGGAGAUCGCUUCCGCCGCGUCUCUCUUCGUCUACGGCCUUAUACCUCAAAUCUUCGCCUACGCAGUUAACUUUCCGAUCCAGAAGUUCCUCCAGUCGCAAAGCAUCGUCGCUCCGAGCGCUUACAUCUCAACCGUCACUCUCUUCUUCCACCUUCUCUUCAGCUGGCUCGCUGUCUACAAGCUCGGGAUGGGUUUGCUCGGAGCCUCGCUUGUGCUGAGUCUCUCGUGGUGGAUUAUAGUGUUGGCUCAGUUUGUUUACAUCGUGAUGAGUGAGAGGUGUCGUGAGACGUGGAGAGGAUUCAGUGUGCAAGCUUUCUCGGGGCUGCCGAGUUUCUUUAGACUCUCCGCUGCCUCCGCCGUGAUGCUUUGCCUUGAGACUUGGUAUUUUCAGAUCCUCGUUUUACUCGCCGGACUUCUCGAGAACCCCGAACUUGCUCUUGAUUCUCUCUCCAUUUGCAUGACAAUUUCAGGUUGGGUGUUCAUGAUAUCUGUUGGUUUCAAUGCAGCGAUAAGUGUAAGAGUGAGCAAUGAACUUGGAGCUGGGAACCCUAAAUCAGCAGCGUUUUCUGUGAUCAUCGUCAACAUUUAUUCUCUAAUCACAUGUGUGAUCUUAGCCAUAGUUAUUUUGGCGUGUCGUAACAUUUUGAGCUAUGCGUUCACUGAGGGUGAAACAGUCUCGGCCGCAGUUUCUGAUCUCUGUCCACUUCUUGCCGUAACACUUGUCUUAAAUGGAAUCCAACCCGUCCUUUCAGGUGUUGCGGUUGGCUGUGGUUGGCAAACGUUUGUGGCGAAAGUUAACGUCGGAUGUUACUACAUCAUCGGAAUUCCUCUUGGGGCUCUCUUUGGGUUUUACUUCGAGUUUGGUGCCAAGGGUAUCUGGACGGGGAUGAUAUGUGGUACGAUUAUACAAACGGUUAUUUUGGGGUGGGUCACGUUUAGAACGGAUUGGGUAAAAGAGGUGGAAGAAGCUUCAAAAAGGUUGGACAAAUGGAGCAACAAGAAACAAGAAGUAGUUUCCGAAUGA